AUGCGAAGUCCUGGCGAAGACGGGUACCGAACGCCAACGAUAGAAGAUGCUGAGCGGGCUCUCUCAACUUUUGGAGCCGUUGAAGAGUACCCCGGUGGCGGAGUUUGCGGUGCUCAUUCGACUGCCUUGGAGGCUGCAAUGCAGCUAGCAUCGUCGCGGGCUACUGUAGAUACAAACCCGGAUAAGAAAGCCGGUGCGUGCCGGGAGUAUAACGGGCUGAGCCUGUUUGGGCUCAAACCCACGGUUUCUGGCGAGUUGAGCUGGAAGAAACGCAUUCGCCAUGUUACGUGGGCUUAUUUUACGUUGACGAUGGCUACGGGUGGGCUGGCCAAUGUCUUAUAUCAAGUUCCAUUUCGAUUCAAGGGCUUGGAUUCGGUUGGGAUCGCUGUCUUCCUGCUCAACAUUGCUUUGUAUCUCAUCAUCUGGGCUCUCCUGCUUGUUCGGUUCUAUCAUUAUCCGUAUACAUUCAAGGCGUCAUUCAGGCAUCCAACAGAAUCACUCUUCGUGCCCGCAUCGAUAGUAUCCUUCGGCACAAUUUUAAUCAACGUGUCGCAAUACGGGCCCGAAAAUACAGGUCCGUGGUUGAUGCGCGCAGUCUGUAUUUUAUUUUGGAUCGAUGCCACUCUGGCUGUGAUAUUCUCGGCUGGCAUCUACCUUCUCCUUUGGUCGACGCAGACAUUCACCAUCGCGCAGAUGACUCCUAUCUGGAUUUUUCCUGCUUAUCCAAUGCUCAUCAUUGGCCCACAUGCUGGGAUCCUCAGUGCAAAGCUGGAACCGUCUCGUUCUCUACGGGUUAUAAUUGGCGGCAUGACUAUCCAGGGAGUUGGAUUUUUGGUUUCGUUGAUGGUUUACUCGGCCUUCAUUUACCGACUGAUGACGCAGAAGCUCCCGCGGGAAAAUAUCCGUCCUGGCAUGUUUGUUUCUGUGGGACCGAGCGGGUUUACGGUUGCCGGGCUGGUGAAUAUGGCGGCUGGGGCGAAGAGGUCGUUUCCGGCUGAUUUCAUGGGCAAUGGGGCGCUGGCUGCCGAUGUGUUUAAGAUUGUUGCUAAUUUUUCAUGUCUUUGGCUUUGGGGGUUGGCCAUCUUUUUUUUCAUUGUUGCAAGCGCAGCACAUUGGUCGGCUAUUGGGCAUGGGCGUAUGGUCUUUUCUAUGACCUGGUUCUCAUUUGUCUUUCCUAAUACCGCCUUGAUUACCGCUACCUUUGCUAUUGGCAGGGCAUUCUCCUGUAAGCCUAUUGAAAUCGUUGGGUGUGCGGCGAUACUACCGUUGCUGCUGAUGUACUUCUUUGUGUGCUACAUGAUGGUUCGGGCCAGUUUGACGAGGCAGAUCCUGUGGCCUCAGAAAGGCGAGGAUAGAGACGAGGGUGGGUUCGAGAUUCAUCGGGUUAAACCGGUUGCCGCCGCAGAAGUAUUAGGGCAUAUAUAG